AUGUAAGACAAUGUAUUAGACUUCGUAAUCACAGUUUCUCAAUCGCAAAAGACUGAAUAAACAGUGUAUUAUCAAUUAAACUUUUUCAAUUAAAAAAAUCAACUAGUCUUCUCUAAUCAAUAAAGAUAUUCAGAACUUAAAAAGUUUCACCAAGCUCUCGAGACUCUCAAAAUAACACUACCUUCAUUUCCGGGAACUCAUUGGUGGAAGUCAGUCAAUUCUGACCCAGAUUUGAUAGAGGAACGGAAGCAAUUGCUAGAUCAAUAUUUCAGAAGCCUCACUUGCUCUAAGAUUGUUAGAGAUUCUUUAAUUUUUAAGAACUUCAUUUUAUCCGCCCAAAAGGAAGCUGAAAAGAAACUCCUUAAAGAAUAAAGAGAAAAGGCCAAGAAGGCCGAAGGUCUGGCUAAUUAGAAUAAAAGGAGACUGAAAACAGCUAAGUAUCAGACUCCUGCCACUAAUCCAGUCAAUCUACCUCCCACUCCAGGAGAAUUGAAAGAAAGAUCGUAAUCUUUGGAACACAAACCUUCAAGUUGUAAGAUCGAAAAGGAGAAUGGCAAAGGAAGUAAACUUCAAUCACCAAUUCUGAAUUUUGGAGGAUCAAAAAUCUUUAGAGGCAUCUUAUCAAACACUGCUAAAUAAUGACGAAUUAAUUUAAAAUUUAUUGUGUUAUAUAAUUGAUAUGCAAACUAUUU